CUCGUUAGCCUCAGCAGCUAAGAGUCAACAAGUAGGUUACUUAGCAAAACUUAGAUUAAACGAAGUAACUUAGCGGUGAAAUAGCAUCAACACUGAUGUUAUAAGCGAUGUGAAUCUUGGAGCUAAAGAGGCCAGUAAUGACCACAACCACCAGCGGUUCAGUUCUUAAAGAUGUCGUUGCCUAUGUUGAUGUGUGGUCUUCAGACAAAACAGCAAACUAUUCAAAACCAUUUGUUCAGCAGCUGCAGGAAAUGGGAGCUCAGGUAUCAAAAACAUUCAAUAAACAAGUCACACAUGUGGUCUUCAACAAUGGUCACCCAGCUACAUGGAGGAAAGCCAAGAAAAGUGGUGAUGUGAGGCUCGUCUCUGUUCUCUGGGUAGGCAGAUGUUACGACGACGGUGUGCGUGUGGAUGAGGAGUUGUAUCCAGCUAUAGAUGAAACCAACCCAGUGUUAAAAAACAAGAAACAUCGUUGCAUGCAGCCAAAAGAUUCUCCAGAGAGGACACCUGAAAAUGACAGACGCAUGAGGAAAAAAUUAGACAAGAUGAUGAAAGAUUUAGUACCAAAACAACCUCUUGUUACAGAUGUGUCGCCCAUCAUUAUUGACGAAGAGAACGGAAUAGUCUAUAGCCCUGCGUUGAAAAGAUCGGAUUACAUGGCACAGCGUUUGAAAGACAUGAAAGAGAAACGGGAAAACCUCUCACCCACAGCUUCACAAAUGGUUGAAUCCUGCUCACCCACCAGGCGGAAACCUUCCCUUGGGAGCACACCGACUGUCCUCAAGUUAAUGUAUGACCAGUCGGAUGAUGAUUCCAGUGCCUCUGUUGCUGAACCUGCUUAUUCGCCUGAUAAGGAAGAAGGGAGAACACAGUGUGAUGUUAUUGACCAUGGCCAUUCUGAACAACGCCACCGGAAAGGCUCUGAAAAGCCCUGGCUGUCACCCUGCCGUGAUGUGCCAAAACGGAUUUCAAGUCCUUUGAAAUGUCCUGACAUCGGUGUCAAAGACGGGAAUAGCCCAAAAAAGUCAAGAAGGACUUCGGUCAAAAAGAAAACAGCAGAGAAACACAAAUCAUUAGGUUUAUUAGAAAGCCCUCGCCAGGAUAGGAGAUCUGACGACAGCAAGAACUUCAGUAAAGAAAAAAGGCGAUCGCAUAUAAAAUCAUCCAGUCCGUCGCCUAACAAAUCUGAAAAGGGAAAGCGGAAAAUGAAAGCCGCUAAAUCCUUCACAGAGCCUAAGACCCACUUUUUCCCUGACGCUGUGAACUCUUCUAGUUGCCUCUCGUCUCCAGCCAAGUUGGGUGAUGCUUCAGUUGAACUGUCAAAAAAAACUUCUUCUCCAUUACAGAAAAUGGAACAGAAAAUACCCAAACGAGCCAGACAGUCACUUUCUACCUUGGUACGAUCAUUCACUCUAUCCUGUGACUCUAAAAGUGUUGCCUCAGGUUCCACGGAUGGUGGAGAUGAUAAUGUGUUUGAGGACUACUUCUCCCCAGCUAACCACCGCCAGCAAUCAAAAACACCUCUUUUGCCUAAUCUGCCUGUGGAGGGAGACAUUCAGAUUCCUUUUGAGUUUGCCUCUGUCCCAAAGAAGAGAAAACCCCGAAGAAGUGAAAGCAUUGGAUCUGAAACUAACAGUAAAAAGAAGAAGAAACUGGAAGAAAGUCGCAAUCAGCAGUUUGAUACAAGCAGCGAGGCUCCGAGUCGUCCUAAACAGGAUGUUAAAGAAUCUCUGCCUGCGUUGGAUAGUCCAAGUGCCAAUAUAACACCUGUGCCUAAAAGGCGAAGACAAAGCACCUUGCCAUUUACAAGCAUCAGUACGACUACAAGUAAAGCAGUAAAACCGAGAAGAGCAUCUUCAUCAGCACAGUCAGCAAUGUUCACAGAGGCUAACACUGAUGUCAGUGUCCUUUCUCAUACCGUGGAAAGUAGAGGAAAUGAAUGUACAGUUGCAGCUGGUUUAACAGAGAUUCCCUCUGAAGACGAGGAUCACAAUAAGCAAGUCAGCUUGAGUCUUCAAAACAUGGUCAACGAAACAAAGGCUAUGAGAACAUUGGUCAUGACAAGCAUGCCCUCUGAGAAGCAGCAAACAGUGGGUCAGGUGGUGAAAGCACUGGGUGGUUUUGCAAUCGUUGACCGAGUGUGUGAGAGCACAACUCAUGUGGUGUCUGGGGGUCACCGGCGGACUCUCAAUAUACUGUUGGGCAUAGCUCGUGGCUGCUGGAUCCUCUCUUUUGAAUGGAUUCUCUGGUGUUUGGAGCAAAGGCAGUGGAUUCCAGAGGAACCAUAUGAACUUUCAGACCAAUUUCCUGCAGCACAGAUCUGUCGCCUCCAGAGGCACCUGUCUGCCGGGGAGCACCAGCAGGACCUGUUCCAAAGCCAGCCCGCCAUGUUUGUGUCCCAGCACUCCCAGCCGCCCACUCAGAGUCUGGUGGAGCUGAUCCAACUCUGUGGAGGAACAGUCUGCAAAACUGUGCGGCAGGCGGGCAUCUGCAUAGGGAAGUACAGCGGCAGGAGACCAGAGGGAAGCAGGAUCCUGUCUGAGCAGUGGGUGCUGGAUAGUAUCACACAUUUGAAGCAGCUGUCAUAUGACAACUACGACUUGGAGUGAAAAGCCGGGAAGUUAUUAAUUAAAUACUGGACGACGUCUGGUCACAUACUCUCCGUCAGUCUCUACCUUACAGUAUUCCUCGUGUACAGGUUUAUCUUGCGUUGUGUUCAGAGGCUUUACAUAAAUCCUCUCAAAUAUUCCCUUUUUUUUUUUUAAAGCUUUUAGUCCCUGGUUACCAUGGAAACGUGUUACUUCUGGGGGAUAUCAACCGUUCAACAAUGGUCUUAAGUUACUGUGAAACAUGGAAAACUGCUUUGACAAUAGUGUAUGUUGAUCCUUUAUUAUUUGUUAUUGUUUGUUUGUUUGUCUUAAAGUAGUAACCACUACUGUGUAACUGUUGAAGUGAUUUUUAAAAAUAGUUUCUGAGCCAGUUCAAUACUCUAAUGGAGAUAUACAUACUGUGUCCUUUAUAGAAAUGUUUUGUGAUGUUUUGUUAAUAAAUACUUUUUUAAAAUUUUGA